CUCCCAGCGAAAAUAUGUAGAGAAACCUGUUUGAGUGAAGUAAACAACAUAUUGUUGAAAUAUGUGGACGCCAUUAUUGAAUCUACUACAUUUUGAAUUCAAAUAAAAAAAUAACUACUGCAGAAAAAUUGUAUAUAAUUUCGACAAAAAUUAAAUAAAAAUCAUUUUCAAUAAAUAUUUUUUACAAAAGAAAAAGAAAUUCAAUUGAAAAGUUUAAAAUUCUCCACUCAUAAUGCAAACGAUCGCUUCAAACAUUUAAAUUCAAACAGAUUGAAAUUACCAAAUACGGUAGUAGAGUCGACCAUAAAUGCAGUCUCUUUCAGAAGAAUGGGACGCCAUUUUGAAGGAAGAAUUCAACAAGAGGUUCGAUUUCAAUGUGGUUAUGCGAAGACAAGAAUGCAGCAUAAAUGCUCAAAUAGAAACAUUGACGCUAUAGCCUAAGCAACGAGCGAGCGAGCCAACACAUACUGUCUCAUCGUUGCCGUACAAGGGAUACGAAAGAGACAAAGCCCUAGAGACCGAUAAGCGGCUACGAGUAAACAAAGUAAACCGUUCUAAUACAACCGUAGUAAACCGUGUUUAUGCUGUGUGCCGAGCGUCGGAUGAGAGUAUGUGCGCAUGUGUUGCGUAUGUGUUGGUGCGCUGCUCGAUUGAACUGGGUGCGAGAAAAAGACAUGGAACAGAUGCAUCGGUUACUAUAGUUUGAGCCGUUUAACAAACCAGAUAGCUGCGCGCAUGUGUAACUGACUUUCAUCCCAACAAUUUUUUGCUUUUUGUUUGUUUUCAUUUUUAUUCGUUUUUUUUUUUCUUCUCAUUUUACGAAUUAUUUUCAUUUUAUUCGUAUUGUGUUUGAGUUCUGAAGAAGGAAAAGGGACCGUUCCUUCGAAACCAACAAUAAAAACUGCAAACGGUUCGUGAAAAGUGUUUUGCUCGUGCAGUGAGAACAAGAACCGUGUUCGAUUCAAUUAUAGUGCAAAGAAACAGUGAGAUUGACAAGAAGUAUUCGAUUGAAUAACGAACGUUAAGUGUGUGGCUGCAAAGCCAAACGGUGACAACAACGUACAUUCGGUAGUCGGUUAAAUUCCAAAAUUAGAUGUGCAUCAUUGCUGAAUCGAAAGCGGUGGAAUAUGAAUGAGAACGAUGAAAUGGAUUACUUGAGCAACAACGGACAUUCGUCAGCAACAAUCGUGAGUUGGAUUCUCUGCGAAUAGUUCAACCAGGUUUUGUUUGAUUUUGGGUGAUUUUCGUGCAAAAUAUUCGCAACAACAAAGAAGUGAACGAAAAAAAAAGAAUUUUUAUAUUUGUGUGAAAUUGACACGACUGAAUGAGCGACAAAAAAGUGCGCAACUCAGAAAAAAGCUAAAAAAAAAAGCGCAGCGUAUUAUUCUAUACGCCAAUUGGAACAAAAAAAAAACAAUUCAAAAAGUGAAGCCCAAAUCACAGUGGACACAUGCAAAACGAAACCAAGAAAUAAUUAAUUUUAAAUAAUUUAUGGUGUUUUGAAAGCAAAAAAAUAAGUCAGCGCAGCAAAACGGAUAUCAAAAGAAAAAACGAAGAACAACGGAUAGAGAAAGAAAAGAAAUAAUCAAAGUUUCCUUCAAAGUGGCUCAAAAUGUGGUUUACAAACAGGCAAUUUCACAAAAUGGAUAUUUGGAUUAAAUUAUUUGUGGGUGCAAUUCUACUUUGUGGAUUAAUCUCGGGAACAGAAGGAUUUACAUCGUGUGCUCCAUCUCCAUGCAAGAAUGGUGGUCAGUGCAUAUCGAAACCAAAAGGCGACUCAUACUGCAACUGUACAACCCGAUAUGUUGGAGAAUUUUGUGAACAUUUGAAUCCAUGCCAUACCAGCUCGGGACCAAGAUGUCAAAAUGGUGGUGUUUGUGAAGUUGACUACACAACUCCAGUGCCUGGAUUCAAAUGCCGGUGCCCAAUUGGCUUCACAGCUUCACUGUGCGAAAUCUCUGAACGCAAUGCAUGCGACUCGGGACCAUGCCAAAACGGAGGAUCAUGUCAUUUGAAAUCACUUCAGGAUUAUGUUUGCUCAUGUGCUCAAGGAUAUACAGGCAAAUAUUGCGAAAAGCAGAAUUUGUGUGCAUCAUCGCCGUGCAAUAACGGUGGUAUAUGCAUUUCAUUGCCCGGUGGCGAUUUCAAAUGCAAUUGCCCGAAAGGAUUCAAAGGGAAGACGUGCUCCGAAGAUGUCGAAGAAUGUAUGUCUAUGCCGUGCCAGCACGGUGGAACUUGCCGCAACACACUUGGAUCUUAUCAAUGUAUUUGUGAAGCUGGUUACACGGGAAAGAACUGUGAAUCAAAGUAUAUCCCAUGCUCACCAUCCCCAUGCCAAAACGGAGGCACGUGCAAGCAAAUCCACCGCUAUUCAUACGAAUGCAAAUGCCCACCAGGUUUUCAAGGCAUAAAUUGUGAACAAAACAUAGACGAUUGCCCCGGAAAUCUUUGUCAAAACGGUGGACAAUGUAUCGAUGGUGUGAACUCGUAUCGUUGUAAAUGCUCAGCGCAUUAUACGGGCGAAUACUGCGAGAAUGACAUUGAUGAGUGUUUAAUGAGACCGUCGGUUUGCCAAAACGGUGCCACUUGCACGAAUACACACGGCGGCUACUCGUGCAUUUGUGUAAACGGAUGGACCGGUACGGAUUGCAGUGAAAAUAUUGACGACUGUGCUGGUGCAGCUUGUUUCAACGGUGCUACCUGUAUUGAUGCUGUUGGCACUUUUUAUUGUCGCUGUAUUCCGGGUAAAACGGGUCUAUUGUGUCAUUUGGAUGAUGCUUGCACAUCAAAUCCCUGCCAUGCUGAUGCCAUUUGUGAUACCAGUCCAGUCAAUGGAUCAUACACGUGUUCAUGUGCAUCGGGCUACAAAGGAGUCAACUGUACCGAAGAUAUCGAUGAAUGUGAUCAAGGAUCACCGUGUGAACACAACGGUAUUUGCAUUAACACACCCGGUUCGUUUGCCUGUAAUUGCUCUCAAGGAUUUACCGGGCCACGAUGCGAAACCAAUGUUAAUGAAUGUGAAAGUCAUCCAUGCCAAAACGAUGGUAGCUGUCUCGACGAUCCAGGCACUUUUCGAUGCGUUUGCAUGCCAGGCUUCACUGGAACUCAAUGCGAAAUCAACAUCAACGAAUGCGAGAACGACCCUUGCUUGAACGGCGGCACUUGUUUGGACAUGAUAAACGGAUUCAAGUGUAUUUGUCCAAUCGGCUUUAAUGGUGCGCGUUGUCAAACAAAUAUCGACGAUUGCAUGUCACAACCUUGCCGAAACAUGGGCAUUUGUCACGAUUCAAUCGCUAGCUAUACCUGCGAAUGUCCACCUGGUUACACCGGAUUCUCCUGCGAAACAAAUAUCAACGAUUGUCAAUCAUCACCAUGCUACAGAGGUACAUGCAUUGAUGGCGACAACUCAUUCACAUGCCAAUGCAAUCCAGGAUACACCGGAGAAUUAUGCCAAACUCAGAUCAACGAAUGCGAAUCAAAUCCAUGCCAAUUCGAAGGACAUUGCGAAGAUCUCGUUGGUGGCUAUCGUUGCCGUUGCAAACCAGGAACAUCGGGAGAAAAUUGUGAAAUUAAUGUGAACGAAUGUCAUUCGAAUCCUUGUCGGAAUCAAGCAACCUGCAUUGAUGGAAUCAAUAGAUACACGUGCAAGUGUAUUCCUGGUUUCACAGGGGCUCAUUGCGAAAUUAAUAUCGAUGAAUGUGCAUCAAGUCCAUGUGCAAACAAUGGUGUUUGUAUGGAUUUGGUGAAUGGAUUCAAAUGUGAAUGCCCAAGAGGUUAUUACGAUGCUCGUUGCUUGAGUGAUGUCGAUGAAUGUGCUUCAAAUCCAUGUGUGAAUGGCGGUCGUUGUGAAGAUGGUGUCAAUCAAUUCAUUUGUCGAUGUCCUCCGGGAUACGGUGGGAAGCGAUGCGAAAAAGAUAUUGAUGAGUGUGAUUCAAACCCAUGCCAGCACGGAGGGAUCUGCAUUGAUGGCUUGAACUCGUACACUUGCAAUUGCAUGCCAGGAUAUACAGGUGAAAAUUGCGAAACAAAUAUUGAUGACUGUGUAGCAAAUGGUGGUCCAUGUAGAAACGGUGGUUCAUGCAUUGAUUUGGUCAACGGUUACAAAUGUGUGUGCAAAAUUCCAUUCACCGGUCGAAGUUGUGACUAUAAAAUGGAUCCUUGCCACCCGAAUCGCUGUCACAAUGGCGCAAAAUGCACACCAAACUCGAACUAUCAAGAUUUUGCAUGCAGUUGUCCGCUCGGUUACACCGGACGCUUGUGCGAUCAAGACAUCAACGAAUGUGCACUGUCUUCACCGUGUCGCAAUGGAGCCACCUGCAAAAAUAUCCCCGGCUCAUAUCAAUGUUUGUGUGCUGAAGGCUACGAAGGACGAGACUGUACUAUUAAUACCGAUGAUUGUGCCUCGUUCCCUUGCUCAAACGGUGGCACUUGCUUGGAUGGUAUCGGUGAUUUUACCUGUCUAUGCUUGGAUGGUUUUGAAGGCAAACACUGUGAAAUUGACAUCGAUGAAUGUGCUUCGAAUCCUUGCCGAAACGGGGCAACUUGUAAUCAAUAUGUGAACUCAUACACAUGUCGAUGUCCGCUUGGAUUCUCAGGAAUGAAUUGCCAAACAAACGACGAAGAUUGUACUGAGAGUAGUUGCAUGAACAAGGGCACAUGUAUCGAUGGCAUCAAUUCAUACAAUUGCUCAUGCACAGCUGGCUACACGGGAUCGAAUUGUCAGUACAAAAUCAACAAGUGCGAUUCGGGACCGUGCCAAAACGGAGGAACGUGCACUGAACGCAACAACGAUUACUCAUGCCAUUGUGCUUAUGGAUUCACUGGAAAAGAUUGCACCGAAUAUGUGGACUGGUGUUCGCAAAAUCCUUGCGAAAACGGCGCCGCUUGUUCGCAACGGGAAAACACCUACAAAUGCGAUUGUUUGUCGGGUUGGACGGGAAAAUUGUGCGACGUCGAAAUGGUUUCGUGUAAAGAUGCUGCCAUCCGAAAGGGUGCCAGUGUAAUGGAAUUGUGUAACAAUGGAACUUGCGAGAACUAUGGCAAUUCGCAUAAGUGUCACUGCCAUUUGGGAUAUACAGGAUCAUACUGCCAGAAGGAGAUCAACGAGUGCGAAUCUCAACCGUGUCAAAACGGCGGUAGUUGCAAAGAUUUAAUUGGUUUCUAUCAGUGUAUCUGUCGUCGUGGAUUCCAAGGUCUUAACUGUGAACUGAAUAUUGAUGAUUGCAAACCGAACCCAUGUAGGAACGGAGGAACGUGCCAUGAUCUUGUCAACGGAUGCAGUUGCUCGUGUCCACCGGGAACGCUUGGAAUGUACUGUGAAGUGAAUAUCGAUGAUUGUGUGGCUGGUGCUUGCCACAACAACGGCACAUGCAUUGAUAAAGUAGGCGGAUACGAUUGUGUUUGCCCAGCUGGAUUCGUUGGAUCGCGAUGCGAAGGAGACAUCAACGAAUGCUUGUCGAAUCCAUGCUCCAGCGAAGGCACACUUGAUUGUCUUCAAUUGGUCAAUAAUUAUCACUGCAAUUGCAAACCUGGCUACAUGGGACACCAUUGUGAAAAUAAAAUCGAUUUCUGUGCUACUUCACCAUGCCAAAACGGCGGCUUGUGCUCAGCUCAGUCUGGCGGCUAUCAUUGCGAAUGUCAAGAAGGCUUCUAUGGGAAAUUCUGUGGGAAUUCCGGGCAUGAUUGUAAUACAAACCCAUGCGGUGUGGGCAGCUGUGAAGUUGUGAUUGGAGGUGGUUAUCGUUGUAUCUGCCCAGCAGGAACCACUGGUGAAAAUUGCGAGAUCGACACGUUCGACGAAUGCAACCCGAAUCCAUGCAAACAAGGUGCUGCUUGUGAAAACAAACUGGCUGACUUCUCAUGCUUCUGCCCGGCCAAAUGGGCUGGAAAAACGUGCAACGAAUAUGAUCAAUAUUUCGCAGGCUGGUCCGGCGGUAAAAAUGGACUGAACAACGGAUACGGUAUAGAUUUGAAAUCCCAGCAAGAGCAAUGUGUCAAGAAAGGUUGUGCGGCUAAGAGUGGAAAUCGCAAGUGCGAAGAAGAAUGCAACACAUAUGCCUGCAAUUUUGAUGGUGGUGAUUGUACGCUUGGUGUCAAUCCAUGGAUCAACUGUACCACAACAUCGGUCAACUGCUGGGAAGUGUUUGGAAAUGGUAUUUGCAAUGAAGAAUGUAACAACGCACACUGUUUGUUCGAUGGCCGUGAUUGUGACAAGAAAUUGAAACCGUGUCAAGAGGCAUUCGAUGCAUUCUGCUCUGAAAACUAUGCCAACGGAGUGUGUGAUCCCGUUUGUAACACGGCCGAAUGUAACUGGGAUGGUUUGGAUUGUGAGAAAAAUCGUCCACCAAAAUUGGCCACGGGCAUGAUGUCGGUUGUGGUUUUGAUGAGUGAAGCCGAAUUCCGUGAAAUUUCCAUUCCAUUCAUGCGAGAUAUGGGCCAUCGGUUGCGAACAAAUGUGCGCAUUAAAAAGGACAACUUAGGCAAUGACAUGAUUUAUCCAUGGAAUCAUAGCCCAAAUGAUAUCCAAUUUAUCCAAUAUCCAACAAAGAAGGCAAUUCAAGUGUACAUGGAAAUUGAUAACAGCCGUUGCGAGUCCAUUAUGGGAGGGGAAUGUUUCUCAACAGCACAAGAUGCGGCCAGUUUCAUUGGAGCCAGUGCACGUGGGGGUAUGCCAAGAUAUCCAAUCUUCUCGGUUCGUGGGGUUAAUGGUAUUGAUAAUAAUUCAGCCGAACCGACCAAUGGAAAGUACGUUGCUCUUGGAGCGUUUAUGAUUAUUAUGGCAUGUUUCUUGCUUGGUGUUUUGAUCACAGCCAAACGUAAGAGAGCAUAUGGUCAAAUUUGGCGGCCAGAAGGAUUCUUUACAACAACAAGAAGUGGACAACGUCGCGGCCCAGAUGGACAAGAAAUGCGAAAUCUAAACAAAAAUCCAUCGUUGGCUUGUAUCGAUGCCAGUGGAAACGGUCAAAUGGGCCAUUCACACCAAUGGUCAGACGAUGAAUCACAAGUGCCAAAACGAAGCCGAUACGAAUACGAUCACACGACAUCCACCGAUUAUGAAGAACCAAACAGUAGAUCCUGGACACACCAACAUUUUGAAGCGGCAGCCAUUCGUAUACCAUCAUCGAUUAUGACUCCGCCUUCGCAUCAUGAAAAACACGAUGUUGAUGCACGUGGCCCAUGUGGAAUGACCCCGCUGAUGGUUGCUGCUUCGCAAGGUGUUGGCGUUGAUCUCGUCACCGAGGUGAAUGAAGACGAAAGCACGGUACAAGCAAUCUCAGAACUGUUGGCUCAAGGCGCUGAACUGAAUGCAACCAUGGAUAAAACUGGCGAAACUGCACUACACUUGUCGGCUCGUUACGCUCGCGCUGAUGCUGCAAAACGUUUAUUGGACGCCGGAUCAGAUGCCAACUGCCAAGAUAGCACUGGCCGAACACCAUUGCAUACAGCCAUUGCCGCUGAUGCUUUAGGUGUGUUCCAAAUUCUAUUGCGCAACCGGGCCACGAAUCUCAACUCAAGAAUGCACGACGGAACCACACCAUUGAUUCUGGCCGCACGUUUAGCUAUCGAAGGAAUGGUUGAAGACUUGAUUACCGCUGAUGCAGAUAUUAACGCAGCCGAUAAUAGUGGAAAAACGGCAUUGCAUUGGGCUGCUGCCGUGAAUAACGUGGAUGCCGUUAAUAUUCUCCUGAUGCACCAUGCAAACAGAGACGCACAAGACGAAAAGGAUGAAACUCCACUGUUUUUGGCCGCUCGUGAAGGGUCCCUUGAAGCAUGCAAAGCACUUUUGGACAACUUUGCAAACCGAGAAAUUACCGAUCACAUGGAUCGAUCACCACGUGAUGUUUCCUGUGAACGACAACACAACGACAUCGUACGUCUAUUGGAUGAACACGUUCCACGCAGCCCACAAAUGAUGCCAAUCAUGCAAAAUACUGUGGUUAAUUCACCGCCAUGCCAGUCGCAAUUGGUCAGCCAACCAACCGUGAUUCCAGCCAGUGGAAAACAGAACAAACCACAAAAGAAGAAACAACAGAAAGCAUCCGCAUCAAGCAAUAACAAUAACAACAAUCCAAACAGUCCGGACGAUGAGACAACGUUGAAACGAAAGACAACGGCCAAAAAGACUUCAACAUCCACAAAGAAACAGAACGCACAACCAAUUUUGCCAGAUAUCCAACUGUCAUCCGAUGGAGCGUUCAGCACCGAAGACUCUCCGGUCGCUAGUUUGCCAAGUCCAUAUGAUACAGCCAGUCUAUAUUCAAAUACGCUUGCUCAUCACGAUAUGGGUGUAAUGACAGCCAAACAACCUCCGAGCUACGAUGACUGCAUCAAGAAUGCCCAGUCAAUGCAAUCGCUCCACAAUGUCAAUUUCGACAAUUAUGGUUACACAAUGGGAGGUUCUCCAUUCCACGAUCUCAUGAACACACAACGAAGUGUUCCAAAUGUCAAUAAUAUGGGUGAACAAGGUCUUAGUCCACCAUACUCGAAUCAAUCGCCGCCGUAUUCGGUGCAAAGCAACAUUGCGCUCUCCCCACACGGCUAUAUUGAUUCGCCAUCGCCGGCAAAGAAUCGCCCAUGUUUGCCAACGUCUCCAACGCAUAUGCAAGCGAUGAGACACGCAACACAUCAGAAACAUGCUGCACAGUUACACGUACUCAACAGUACCGGUUCAUCGGUUCAAUCGCCGCUCAGCAGUUCAUCGUCACACUGUUCAAACAGUCCUCAUAGUCAAUCGCAGCUGCAGCACAUGCAACAACAGCAAAUGCAGUUGCAAGCCUUGCAACAACAGCAACAGCAACAGCAACAGCAACAGCAACAACAACAACAAGCUCAAUCUCAAUUGCAACAACAGCAAGACUUCCUACAGCAAUUACAACAACAACAACAGCAGCAGCAGCAGCAGCAACAACAUCAGCCACAAAUGUUGCAGCCACAGCAAGACCAAAACCAAGCGUCCAGCACACAGCAACAAAACGAUGGAUCGAACAAUGGUGCAAUAAUUGGUGAUUUUGAAUAUGAAUUGAGCAUGGCUGAAAUUGCUAGCUAUGACAGUAUUACCGGUCAAAUGAAUCAUGGUUCGAUGUCACAACAUACGAAUUCUACGCAAUCAUCGCCUCACUCACAACAAAACUACUAUCAAUAUUUGACUCCGCCAAGUCAGCAUUCGGGUGGAAUAACGCCACAGCAUCUAACGCACACGCUAGACAGUUAUCCUACACCAUCUCCAGAAUCUCCAGGCCAUUGGUCUAGCUCAUCGCCGCAUUCAAACUCUGAUUGGUCGGAAGGCCAAUUAUCACCGCCGGCAAAUAUGAACUACAUGGCCAACACUGGCGGCAGCCAGACAAACAAAGGAACUGAUGCGAUUUACAUCUAAAUCAAGCGCAAAUACACACCCACAAUAUUAUUUCCACACGGAUGGAAAUCAUCGCAAACUAAAAUUGUAUAUAAGAUACGAUGUUUUUAUCAAAUAACACACAUUAAUAGCAUUAGAUUCAGUUCAUGGGAAUUGAUAUACAAACGAAAAUCUAUCAAUUUAUUUUAUUUAAUUUUAAAAUGCAUAUAUAACUACAUUUUUUUUAUCGAAAAUUUUUUUUUGUCGUUAACAACAACGAAACAACAGAAUUUCUUACCGGCAAACGAAGAAGAAUGGAAAAGACAGAGUUAGUAUUAUACGUUAGAGUAUUUAGGUAACGAAAAAUCGUUUUUAGCAUAAUAAUAAUGAAAAUUUCUUUGAUUUUACGAGAAUAGACAAUCAAAAGACAACUUAGUUAUAAAACGCGUUAUUGAGUGUGCUGCCAUCGCACCGGUUUAUUUUUUUAAACGAAAAAGAAAAGCAACAAAUUGUUUGAUGAAAAAAAUCUUUUCCCUUUUUCUUUGUUGAACUUUCUUUUUUAUACACGAGAAGAAAAAUUCUAAAUUUUAUCAUUCGACAAAAACUAUUUGAUUUUAACCUAAACGACAAUUUGAUUAGAUAAUAUAUAGGGAAUAAAAGCAUUGCUUUUGCACAUUUUAAUCAUUUUUAUAGAAUAUCGACAGAUGUACUUUGCUGACAAUUUGGUACACACGAAACAGAAGGAAAAACAAAACGAUUUUCCGCUGUUGUUGUUGUUUUUUCAGAUUUAAACAUCUUUUCACAAAGACACAUCUGUUUUGAAUUUUGAUCUUAUAAACGCUGCGAUUCGUGAUUUACGUCAAAAUGCAUUAUUCGGAGCUAAAAUGCUCCACUAAUUUUAACGAGUUUCUUUUUAAUUGAAUAAUUUAUAAUUCAGUGUAAAUACAGAAAAAAUAGUAAAGUUCAAAGUGUAGAGAAUAAAAUGAUAGCAAUUAGUUUUAAAGUGAAGACUGUGCAAAUGUGAAUCGUUUCACCACCCCCACUCAAUAAGAAUUCUUCUAGCUACCUUCUCUUUUCAAUAUCCAAUAGCAAUGCAGUGUGCAAAAACACAAUUAGUUUUUUUUCUCCCUCUUCACAGAACAAACCAUAUAUUUUCUUUUCAUACCAUUGCAAAGCAUUUUAUUUUUAAAUGACAACUAAUUUUGACAGAUUUUUUUUUUAUUUUUCUUUCUACACAUAUUUUGGUGUGACACAUGAAGUGUUUCUUACGUAAAAUAAAUACGCCCACACCUAAUACGAUAGAACCGAAUCAAAUUUCAAUCCACAAACAGAUAGGUAUAUCAAUAUUUGAAUCGGAAACAAGCGCAAAUGUUAUUGAGGAAAAUCUCAUUUAUUUUAUGUGCCCGUUAUCAUGUAUUAUAAUGAAAACAAAAAGCCUUUCAAUUUAGAUACUGCCUCUAGAUUCUAUGGAGUGUAAUCUUAAGCAUCCAUUUAUACUUUUAUAAACAUUCAAUGAGCUCAACGGCUCAUUUUAUAAUAAAAAUCAAUUUGAAACAAAAAAAAACAAA